GUGUUAGUGCAUUGCAGUAGGUGAGAGAUAGCAGCUUCAAUGAAGUAUUUCUGCUUCUUUGGGCUUCUUGUGCUUGUGGGCCUUUCCAGCUUCGAACGGGCCCAUGGAGCUGGGGAGUGUGGGAGAGUUCCCGUUGAAAGAGAGGCCUACAAGCUCUUCCCAUGCGCAUUAGCUGCGCAAGAUGAGAAGGCCGACGUCUCAGAUCGGUGCUGCCUCCAAGUGAAGAGAAUGGGCCAGAACCCAAGCUGUCUUUGUGCUGUCAUGCUUUCUCAGACCGCAAAGAGCGCUGGGGCUAAGCCAGAAGUGUCUGUGACCAUCCCCAAGCGAUGCAAUCUCGAAGACCGGCCUGUUGGGUUUAAGUGUGGAGAUUAUACAUUGCCAUGAAGAUUGCGAGAAUGGACGGAUGCGAUAGGCCGUCUGGUAGGUAAUGGUGUGGACGCUGAUGUUC